UUGGUUGAAACACAUAACCUCAGUUUCCGGCCAGCUCAUCCUGUGAAUAGCCAGAACUGCACUAAGGUGAACGAGUCGCAGCAUUGUGGAUAUUUUUCAGGGAAGUCAUACCAGUCAGGGAGCUUGUGGCCUGGUAUCGAUCAGCCGGGCAGGAUGGUGCUGCUGACAAUGAUUGCUAGAUUGGCGGAUGGAUUACCACUUGCUGCCUCUAUGCAGGAGGAUGAACAGGUAAAGUGUGUGUAUGUAGGUUACAACCAACAAAGGUAUGAAAAUCAGGGAAGGCCUUUUAGGGAACCAAACAGCCUUACUACAACAAGAACUGGCCUGGAAAGUGGACGCACUCUCUUUCACUAUUUGAUAGAAAAGGGAGUUUGCUACCUGACACUGUGUGAAGCUACAUUCCCCAAGAAGCUGGCAUUUGCUUAUCUGGAGGAUCUGCAAUCAGAAUUUGAUGAGCAGCAUGGGAAAAAAGUGCCAACAGUAUCCCGGCCAUAUUCCUUUAUUGAAUUUGACACAUACAUUCAGAAAACAAAGAAAUCCUACAUUGACAGCAGGGCACGGAGGAACUUGAGUUCUAUCAAUACAGAACUGCAAGAUGUGCAGAGGAUUAUGGUAGCUAACAUUGAGGAAGUUCUGCAGAGGGGAGAGGCAUUGUCAGCACUGGACUCCAAAGCAAGCAACCUUUCCAGUCUGUCCAAGAAAUACAGGCAAGAUGCCAAGUACCUAAACAUGAGAUCAACAUACGCUAAGGUGGCAGCAGUAGCAGUAUUCAUCAUCAUGCUGAUUGUUUAUGUCCGAUUUUGGUGGCUUUGAGUCGCGGGUUGAUACAUGGGACAAAAAUGGAAGCGCAGAGAAUGUCAUAUUGACUCUUUUCUGUUUGUCUAGCACAGUAAAUUAUCAUAAGUGUUGCAGAUCACAGAAGUGUCCCAACUUGAUUAUAUAGAGGAAACUUCCUUUCAGUUGUCUCUCUUCUAACAUUUCAGAUGUGGUAUUGCGUAAUAACUUCAAAUACAAUGUUAUUGUGGGUAUGGGAAGCAGAUGCCUUAAUGUAAUAUUGAAUGUGGAAAGGGGAAGUAUUUGAGUAUUUCAGAAAAAUAACUUCCAUUGGUGUUCUACCAUACAAAGAAAUGGUACGUCUUUCAUGUAUCAGUGAAUUAGUGUUUUGUAUAAGUUUUGGAAUAUCCUAAUGGUUUUUGGAAAUGUAAAGUACCUGAAUUUUCUUCAAAGGCUGUCUUAAUUUCCUAAAUGCUGUCUGUAUAUGCCAUCACAUAAAUAUACAUAUGACACAUGCUGGAUAGGCAUGUCAUUCACACAGUGUCUAAGUGAGAGUGGAGUAAUUUCAGGGUAUCUCAUGAGUGACAGUGCAGCAGCAGAACUACAGAUAGUGAUAGCUUGGGGUCACAUUGUGAAUUCCGGUAUGUUGUGCAUUAUAUGCUUGCCCAUCGUAUAAUAUGUUUGUUGAUUUUUUUAAGUUUAUAACAUUAGAGUGAAGUGAACUUUUUCUUUCAUCUUGGUAUGCGGCCCACAUGAAGUUAAACUGUAAGGGAGAUUUUUUUUUUUUUCAUUCAUGUUCCUGGUCUGUAUAUACUUUUGUAUAUGAUUUCCUCAGUAUCAGCUGCCAUUUCCAUUGGCAUAGAGGAAUAUAAAGCCCCUGACAAUGGCCAAGGCAGCCUGAAUUUGAUUACAGGCUUGGGCAACUGCUGAAGCUACCAUGGGGAGGAGAGGGGUGGAACAGCUUUGCCAGCCCACCUCUUUUUUAGAUGGACUGUAUGGGAAGGUAUGUCCAGAGCACACACUCCCAUGCUUGCGUCACAAGUGGAGAAUAGAGUCCUAAAGGGAGGGCUAGUUUCAAGGUGGUAAGCGCUGUGUUGAGAGGUUAUGUCAUUCACAGAACUGAGUGACAUUCCCUUACUGCUGCCACUGCAUGCCAAAUCCUGGGUACAGGGCAUGCACAGUGAGUUUAGUGACAAAAAAAUGCAAAACACUUGCCACCCCAGUGGUUGCUUUAAUGAUGGCCUCUGUUGGUCAUCUGUCUCUGAUGUAUGGAGAGCGAAAUGGGACAAUUGAGUGAGAGAGGGUGUGAUGGUUGGCAGGAAGCUGGGGCAACCCCCCACAAAAAGUAUCCUGUGUAGCAGUAGAUUACACACACAAAACAGUGAAUUUGUUGCAACUUAAAAGAAAUAGAAAUAAUGAGGAAAGAUGCAACUUAACAGAAAUAGAAAUUACGAUGAAAGUCAUCUUUUCAUAUUCUCUAAAAAAUAGUUUGUGUCUGAUUGGUAAGGUUUAUACAGGGUAAUUGCACUGGCACAUGUUGGCACCAAGAACCUUUCUCUUUGGGUACAUAUUUUUGGAACAAGCUGUCAAAGAAGAGACAUAACUACAGGUCACUGUAUUACAGAUAGAGCUAUCCUUGUUGAUGUACACAUGUCUAGGAAUCUGCUAACCAGAUGGAAGGAAAUGCAUACUUGCCUGUUGUCUAGUUUCUCAUAUUACUGUGUUUGUCCAUUGUUCAGUGUAGCCACAAAAAGCAGAGCAGUGCCAUGUUAACUUGUCCACUACAAGUGGCAUUUUAACAUAUUAUAAAUGUUGAUUCCACAGUCUUAACUGACACUGCCUGCUCAAACAUUGUGUACAUGCAUCUGAUUAUUGUAAAAGCUAAUUUUUAAAUAAAAAAACCCACCAAAGGUAAUCCAAUAUUUACUGCAUAGACGGACAUUAACCGUUAACAAUCUGCUGCACAGAAACAGAAAAUGUGUGGGAGAAUACUGCAUGUUAACAGAUGAGGAAUGUUUAUCACAAAUGGAUGUUUUGUUUACUUAAAAUUAUUGUAAAAAUUAUAUUUAAUUUUUUUUUUGACUGCAUUUAUAAAUGCCCUGUAUAGAACUGUUGGAGCAGUGUUUGAACUGGCCUUAAUCUAUAACGAGUUCAUUUAAAGAUUUUAAAUUCC